AUGGAAAAUCGCAUGGUGCGACCGAACUGUGCAUCCACCAACACUCACAUCCAAGUGUUCCUUGUUCCUGCAAUUAAGCCUCGAAAUGCUCGGCGCAGGGCAUCGAUCCAGUCUAUACUCCUGGUCAAGCCCUACGUCGAUCCAUCUUCCCAUGUGCGGAGUAUCCUCCCACUAUUUACCGAGUGGACGAUGCUGCCAGCGGUGGGAGUCAGCUCUUGUUUCAGCCUCGACCCUGGCUUCAAUAUGCAUCUCGGCAGCCUUGAGACUCUCGUUGACGAUCCGAGCCCUGUCUGUGUUUCUGUUUAA